GAAGAAGGGGGUUACGACGACCCCACCAACAUAGUUGCCGCCCAGAACUACGUCGAGAGCUGCAUCAAGAUGGGCGGCGACUGGUGCAGGUGGGACGACAUGGCCAAGCGUAUGCGCUACCUCUACCUCGAAGUCGGCAGGCGGGAGGAGAUGGAGAAGGCGUGGACAAGCUACAAGGAGCUGCAGCCCACGGCUGACUUGGAGACGGUGCUCAGCAGCGCAGGUCUCAGUUCUGGAAUGGAG